AUGCCUGCAGACUAUCAAAAGGGUGGUAUUGGUGAUAAACAAUAUGUCGUUCCCACUCAGAGAUCCAUUGCCUUUCCACUUCUGCGAGGAUGGACAUAUGAUCGGGACAGUGCGCCCGUGUGGUCUCUAACAAACUAUUUAACUACGAUAUCUAUUCACACUCAGAAACACCCGGAUAGGUUACAAGCCCAGCGAAAGCACAAGCCAGGACAGCUAGCGCCUCUAGGCCCCGAGCCAUGCCUCUGUCACAGCAAAAGCAAGCAUGCGCGGGAAACUUGUUCCUACUCCCUAUGGCUCCACCGCGAGGACUCAUGA